UCAGUGUUUCGUAAGUUUUCCCUUAUCUCCCUAGUCAUAGUCGUAUCGGACCAUCACUUAGUUUUCACGCUUCACACGGACAAGUGCUGAAAAAAUUUAUAUUGAAAAUACUUCUGUUUAAUAUUUGUACAGUUCUCUAGCUUGAGUGACAGCAACUGUUUUCAUAGCUUUGGGAUUUUAUCAUAUUUCUACAAUGGCUUCAAUUUCCAAAACUCCAAUUACGAUAGCUGAUCAGGCAAAAGCUGCAGCUGCACUUCAGAACUUUUCUGUUUCUUUGUUCCAGGCAGUUGGAAAGCAUCAUAGCCCAACAGAAAAUGUUUUCAUUUCUCCUUUUAGCGUUGCUGCAGUUUUAAGUAUGGUAGGUGUUGGUGCCAGAGGCAAUACAGCUGUACAACUAAAGAAAUCAAUGGGCCUUACAAACUAUGUAGCUGAAAAUGGGAAUAGUGAUAGUGUGAUUGGAAGCCUUAUUCAAAGCAUCAAGGGUGAUGAAAAAUUUACUCUCGUAGCCGCUAAUCAGCUUUACGUUGCCGAAAAGUAUCAGCUCACUGAUGACUUUAAACAAAACUUGAAUGACAAUUAUGGAGCCGCUGGGCAAACCGUUGAUUUUGCCGUAGAUGCUUCACGCAAAAAAAUCAAUGAGUUGGUGGAAGAAUUCACCCAGCAAAAAAUUAAAGAUCUUCUACCUGAAGGAUCGGUGAAUUCUUUAACCAAAUUGGUGUUGGUCAAUGCCGUAUAUUUUAAGGGAAAUUGGAUGCAAAAAUUCGACUCGUCGCUUACCGCAGUACAACCUUUCUAUUUAGGAUCCAAAGACAAACAAAAGAAUGUUAAUAUGAUGCAUAUUGAUGCGGAAUUUCGCACUGGAUACAUCGAGAGCCUGGACGCUCGACUUUUGGAGCUGCCCUAUAGGGGUUGGUUUUUUAGCAUGUUCAUCGUACUUCCCAACAAAAUUGAUGGGUUGCCUGCAAGAGUACAGAGACUCAGAGUCUUAGACGAAAAAAGCUCGACUAAUUCGCUGAAAGCAUGGCUGAAAGUCUGCAACGUCCUGAUGAGUCAGCUGUCAGCUCUCAGUAUUCUUAAAUCUGAAGUCUGA